CCUGGCUGCCUGCUCGUGCUGCUCACCGCCGGCCAGACAUCACAUCACACAGCCGCCUGUAGGGACACGGCUUUAUUCUCAGCGUGCCACCUGAAGCCUGUAAUGUGUGUAGAUACGUGUCUGUCUUUCUCUUACAGUGAGAGGGCGUGUCCGCUUUCAGAGAGAGGAAGGAGUGGGAGGGCUUUUGGGUGUUUUCGCUGCUUUGAAACAGAGGAACAACAAGCACGCCGCCCACUAAACAAGGCGAAGCGCGCAUCAACAAUUUCGCAAACGCUGCUGCUGCUGCCCCGAUUAAAUGCACGGAGGAGCGGAGGAGAGCAGACACCCACAGACAGAGGGAGGGCUGCUGCUGUGAUCCUACAGAGGAACUAACAAAAGAUGAAUGACCAUGUUGCCACCAGAGAGCUGAUCGCUGUGAAAUCAAGGACGGUGGUGAAACAUCAAGCAUCGGAGCCAGUUGUGCUUUCUUAGCUUCACUUGGAGUUGUGCAACCUUUCUACAAGACCUGUUUGACUUACCUUCUGGCCUACUGGCUGUCUGCCAGUGAAUAUAAAAAGGGACCACCCACCCAUCUUUAAAAAAUGGAGACUCUUUCCCAAGAUUCAAUUCUGGAGUGCCAGAUCUGCUUUAACUACUACAGCCCUCGCCGGCGGCCCAAACUCCUGGAUUGCAGACACACAUGCUGCUCAGUGUGUUUGACCCAGAUGCGCAGCAGCCAGAAGGAGAUUCGUUGUCCCUGGUGCCGUGGCGUCACCAAGCUCCCUCCGGGCCUGUCCGUCUCCCAGCUCCCUGACGACCCGGACAUCAUCACUGUCAUCGCCAUCCCUCACGCCUCUGAGCACACGCCCGUCUUCAUCCGCCUCCCCAGCAAUGGCUGCUACAUGCUGCCACUGCCCGUUGCCAAGGAGCGGGCGCUUGGCCUGCCGGGGGAGCUGGGAUGUCGCUUCCUGCCUGGCAGCCAGCAGAAGGGGAUGACGGUGGUGACCGUACCUGAGCAGCAGCCUCUGGGCCUGGGUAUGGGUCUGGAGGGGGUGGGGUUGGAAGGAGGCGAGGGCGAGAGGAGAGUUACUGGCCCGGUGGGAGGAGGAGGAGGGAAGGGCUCCACGUGGUCUGGUGUGUGCACGGUGAUCCUGGUGGCAUGCGUGCUGCUCUUCCUCCUGGGCAUCGUGCUGCACAACAUGUCCUGCAUCUCCAAGCGCUUCACUGUUAUCUCCUGCGGCUGAGGGCAGGGGAGGCUGCUCAGACUGCCCCCAUCCCUCCAGAUUCCCCCACUAGCCCCGCCUCUCCUCAGGGCGGGACUCUGCUGUUGAGAGGGGACUAAACUCACAUCAUGGGCAUCCAAGGAAACUACAGAGCAACAUAGAGAGAAACAGAUGAAGAAGAAGAGGGCAGGGAGGGGAUUCACAAAUAGUCUGCCAUUGUGUCCCAUUUUUUUUAUUUGGGAGACUGAAAUCAAAAUGGAAAUACAGAUACAAACUUCACUUUCCUCUUGUCAACAGCACUCUGUCGGCCCUGAAACCCCUGCCCUUUUCCUGUCUUUCCAUUUUCUCUGAAAGAACGCUUUGGGAAUUACUCCAGAAAUGUUUUUGGCCAGCUGAUUGUUUCUGGCUUGCUGAUAUGUUUUUGGCUGGGGGCCAAGCUGACACUCACUCACACAGUCGUUGGAUUGCCUGUUUAGUCUGUGGUUUGUAGAAAUAAAUCAGUUAUCAUAGUGUUGUUUAGCUGAGUGUAGGUUCCAAGUGCGGUGUCUCCAGCUGGUGCUGCAGUACAAAGAGUUUGGACUUGGCUGCUCUCCGUUCUCUGAUGCUGUAGGAAUUAACUGUGCAGGAUCCACGUCUGGCCUCGUUUGAAUCAUGAAAAUCAACACAGCUUUCAUUCAUUUUUUUUUCUUUCACACAACCUGUUCCUGUUCAGAACAAACUGUUGCUAUGAUGGCUCCAUGUGGUUAGUAAAGACAAAACAUGGAUUGUAUUGUUCAUUCAUGCCAGCAUAUUACAGGUCUAAAUUAAAAACACAGGUUAGUCAAGUAAGAGAUUGGUCAAUAAAUAAAUAAAUAAUUGUUUAUGGCAUUUAUCAAUCAAAAAGUGAAAAACAUUUGCUGUUUUCAGCCUCUCAAAUGUGACAAUUUGAUGUUUUUUCUCUCUUUUAUAUCAUUGUAAAUUCAAUAUCCAUUGGGUUUUGGACUGUUGCUCGGACAACUAAUUUGAAGACAUCUUCAAAGGUUCUCAGAACCUGCGAUGGUCACUGUUUUCUGACAGUUUCUUUACUUAACGAUCUUUUCAUUUAUCAAAAGAAAAAUAUUACUAGUUGCUGUCCUAUUUCAAAUAUGGUGGGAAACUUUGUGCAACCUUCUAGUAGGAUGCUAGCUGCCAAAAAUGUACAGGCUGUUUGAUAAACAAAGAAUUUGCUCAAAAUACUGUAUUUUGAACUGGAUGACAGAAUAAAAAUUAAACAGGAUUAGUCUGACAUUUUGGGAAAUACGCUUAUUCUGUUCGAGAGUUAGAUCGAUACCACUCUCAUGUUUGUGUGUUACGUACGGCUCUAGAGCCACUUAGCUUAGCAUAAACUAGAAGCAAGGGGAAACAGCUAGCUUGGAUCUCUCUCAUUUCAAAAAGCUUGACACUUUAUCAGCACCCCUAAAGCCCACUAAUUGAAACGUCUCGUUUGUUUAACAGCCAGGAGUUGCUGCAUACCUAAAAUCGCCAACGGGUAAAGUCUACCCGCUAUUAGAAUACAUUGAUUUUGCGAUUUCUUUUUGCUACUCGGUGCUCAAACACACUUUGCGCAGACAUUCAGCACCUUGGGUGUGCACCUCCUAAACAGCAUCCGAGCACUUUAGGCGCUUACAGAAUAUUUUAUUGUGUUUGCAUUCCGCCUUCAUCAUACAGGUAAUUUUCUCCUGCGCUCUUCUGCACCUGUGGAGAAGGUCACGUCCACGCGUGAUGGCUCUUUUGAUGUCAUCCACUCCAGGCUGUUGUAGUUAUAUUCUAAACACAGUCUGAAUUUAAAUGCAGCAUACAAUUUAGAAGAAACGAUUGACUAUUGCAAUGUUUUUAUAGGACUACAUGAUGAAGAUGAUGAUUAUGAUAAUAAUGUAGAAUAAGAAUCUAAGAUGUUCUUCCUGCUUUGUUUCAGACUGGCGUGCAUCCAAACAAUUAUGCAUACAAAAAUAUUUAUUUAAAAGAAACAAUUCUACUCAAUUCCAAAAUUCAAAGUAGAUUUUUACCCAACAAAAACAUGACAUGUUACAAUGUUAUACAUUGUAUAAUGAUCACUUUUGCUAAACAAUAGGGCUACACUGCGGUCUAAAACUCAUACUCGCCACAUGGUCAAAAAACACAUAAUGAGGGAGCCGCACACCACCUGGAGGGGCCGCAAAACACACCUGUGUCAGAGGGAAAGACUUUAGACUUUACUUUAGAAUAAAUCUAUUCCAUAAAUGUUUAUAGGCUACAUUUGAUAACAUUAGUAUAAUAGUUUUGCCUCACUUUUCGUGAAGGCUCUGGAUCGCUGUCAGAUGAUGACCGUCAGAAUCAACCCAGGACACGUUGUUCAGUCCUGAAACCUCUCCUUCACUCGAUGCAUAGAGUAAGUCUAAUGCCUGUUUUGCAUUCAUAACUCUCUUUCUUUUGGAUUGAAGGUUAGCCUAUGACUUGACACAGCUGUAUCACGCACGGUAGUAGGGGCCGUGUUACAGUAACUUGUGAGUUUCAGAGGUGUUGGUAGGUGUAUUUAUCUUUGAAGAGGCUAGCUGUUUCCUCAAUGCUUUUAGUCUUUAUGCUAAGUUAAUCUAAGAUAAUCGCCUCCUUGCUCUAGCGCUAUGUCUACUAUGUCUUUAAAUAGACAAAAUAGUUGAAAAUGAGACAUUCCGGGCAACAUUCUUGUUUCUAGUUUUUGUUUUUUGUUUCUCUUUUGCAGUGCAUUAUGUUUUUCCACGGAUGCUUUCAUCGAUUAGUUAACUGUCCAUCUACUUCUUACCCUGACUUGCAGACCACCAUGGUCCACUAAAGACUAACUCUCCAGCAUUGACCAGGCCCUCACCGGCAGCCCACACACUGUCGACUCCCUUCAUCUUAAUACCUUCCUUAAUUUAGAAAACUGGUGAAUAUGGGCUCAACAGAUUGAUGGUGUGUGUUUAUGUGUGUGAGUAAUGGGUCAGUAACGGGUCAGGAGUGGGUGGGCGCUGCAGGGUUCUAGUUAAUGACGACUAUCGAUUUAUCUGCUUUUGAAUAGCUCUCGUAUCUGCAGAGAUGGAUGUUUCUCUUUCUUUUCACUUUUAUAUGUUGAGGCAAGCAUUUUGUCUGUUUACUGUAUCGUUAACGCAAUGGAGUGUACAGUACACACAAACAGGGUGAACUCUUUUGUAUAGAUGCCUCGUCAUGUACAGAAUGAUUGUAAUUUCCUUGUCUUUUUCUGAUAACUUUUUUUUUUUUAACAUGUUUUGCUUGGUUAGUAUUAAGAGUCUGAUUUGAGAUUAGGGAGCGCUCUGUGUGUUUGCUCUAAAAGAAACAAACAUGACAAGUUCUUUGGUACACUUCAGGGCUCAGAGUUGGCAUGACACACCAGUGACACAACAUAAGGAAAGAUAGUUAACAGUGUUUGUUAUUUUUGGUAUUUAGUAUAUAAAGAAUCCUAUACUGUACCAAAAUGUUAUAUAAAUACACAUAUCCACUUGUUCACAAUUCCAUGACUUAUUUGAUACAUCUAAACUAUCGAUUAUCCAAUCACUGAAGGUUAAAAAGUGACUUUUUCCUUAAAAAUGACAACUUGUCUUUGAUUUUGUUCAAACUGGGGCUUUUUCUAAAUGUAUUUUGAUUUGACAUCCCAUAUCAGCCUGAUUUCACCACCUUUCACCAAAGCGAAGUCUGAGAUUAAACAUAAAAACAGACUUUGGACAUUUAAAUCAGACUUAAAUUGAUUUGAAAUCAAAACAUACUUCAGCCAUUUUGCAGCUCACAACUUCCUGCACAGCAAUGUUCUGUUGUGAAAGCGUUCGGGUUACAAUAGGGAAACUAUUUGUUUUGCAGAUACACUGAGAGACGGAGUGAAUUUCAGCUGAACUGUUACGUGGGACAUGCUGCUGAUUGCAGGUCCUGCUGUUGCAAUGACAUUAUAUUUUAAAGCCCUUUUUGAAGUGCGGCGCUCCUUCACUGAAAGUAGAAAUAUUUUUAGCUCCGAGCGCUCAACGAUCUGGGCAAUAAAAAAAACAUGCUAAUUUCUCAGUACUUGAGGUUGAAGUGGUUUUCUGGCGUCGCUUCACCCCGCUGCGCCGAGGUCUACCGUCCACGAUAACUCUUGAGAUAAAGGAAAUCCCAGUUAAUAAAAUAAAAAUAAAUGCAUGAAUAAUUUUGGGGGGAAAUCUUGAUGAAGGCUAUGUGACAUGUUUUAUUAAUACAUUACUACAACUUUCUAAUAGGGCAUACUUUAUAUUGGUUUAUAAAUUGUAAAUAAUGGCUUUAUUAUUAUUUAAUGCUUUAUAAAUCAGUAAUGAACCAUUUAUAGGAACUUUAUAUUGUGAAAAAAUUGUUCGGCUGGUGUAUCUCCUCCUCCGCUAUAUGUUUCUACGCUUAGACAAUGGACUGCUCCACCUGGCUGACUCAACCUGGCAACCCAAUAUGUCAUGUGUUAUUAAUGAUCUAUAAAACAUUACUAACAAUUUAUUAACCAUUUAUAAGGCUAUUUCCUAAAAGAAACCAUUUGUAUUGUAUGCCUUAUUAGAAAGCAGUACUAAGGAAAUCUUUGACCUAAGUAUGAUGGCCUUGCUGGAAUUCAUAGUCAAAGAAUAAAAGUAUCCUGCGUUUCUUGCUAGACACAGUCUUAACUGUUCAUCAUGAGAUAUUACACUUACAAGUACAUCACACAGUGUUGGAGGCGCAAAGAGACAUCUCUGUGAUCCACUGUAACACUGAGGGGGUAGAGAAGAGACUCUUAAAGGGAUGGCACACCUUUAGAGAUAUCUGCCUCCACUACAAUAUAAUGGAGGUGAAUGAGGUUUAAUUUUUGAUGCUCAAAAAAUUACAUUUACAAUUUACAGUCAACAGCAACAUCUCUUUCCAGAAACAAUUCCCCAUUUCUGUGUAAAACCCCCUCAUUGGAACUAAAACAUAUUCACUGUGGCUUCUAUGGAUUUUGACUAACAGGGUUUCUAGAAAGAGUUGUUGCUUUUGAAUUUUGUUGAAGCUCAAUUUAUCUCAGUUAUGCUGGGGUGGAAGCAUCAAUCUCAGAGAAAUAUCUCAAAACUGGGACAAAUUAAACCAGCACUAUCUGCAUAGCUAGAUAUCACUAAGUGUGAAAGUGCAAAGAUGUGCUUUUUAGUAAUUUGGGUGAGCCAGGCCUUUAAUACUCCAUCUGUGCAGCCAUUUUGGGGGUCCUCAGCUACAAUUUAUGACUGCAAUUUUAUCACUUUGGCACAGAAAGUGAUCAGUUCUGAUAAGCAAUAAUAUUAUUAUAAUGCACCUCAUUUGUUCAUUUUUUCCACCCUUAUGUCUGUACAGUGCUGAUGAGAUCGUUGAUCUGAAGUCAGUACAAUCCCAUCAUUAUUUAGAAGCAAACACUGUAAAAUGCAGUUAAACAAAAAAAUCAAGGAUAUACACCAGGCAUUUAGGUUAUUGCUUUUCAUAUUUUCCUGCUAAAUGAAACAUCCUCCAAUUAAAGAUCACUAAGGAUUAGACAGAAUAUUCAUAUUCUUGAAUAUCCUUCCUACCGUCUGUGUAAUAAUUGUUUUUUUUCAAAUCAAGAACUGCCCUGUACAACAUUUUUACAGAAACUUAAAGAGUGACGACUAGAGAAGCGUAGAAAGGAGGCUUGUCAUUUCUGUGCCUGUGUGUUUGUAAAAUGCCGUGAAGUUCCUGUUGUAGUUUCCUGUUUGUGUCAGGUCGACGACGACUGACGAUGCAAGCAGCAGCUGUUUUUGGUGAACUAUUAAAGCAAACGCUCUGAAUCUGAA